AUGUCUAACAUAAAGACAUACCUCAUAACUGGCGCAAAUCGAGGACUCAGUCGUAGCCUUCUAGAAGCUCUGGCUCGACGACAAAACACCACCGUUAUAGCUGGCGUUCGAGACCUUUCGUCCACGAGCUCGAAAUCUCUCUCUGAUAUCUCUACAGCCACCGGUAGUCGCAUCAUUCCGGUUGCAAUCUCCAGCAUCGAUGACUUGUCUCCUUCUCAAGCUGUCGAAACACUACAAGCGACUCACAGUGUUACAUCUAUCGACGUAGUCAUCGCUAAUGCAGGCAUAUCACAAUACUACGGCAGGGUCUCCGAGACCCCCCUAUCCGAAGUACGCGAUCAUUUCGAGGUAAAUACAAUCGGAGUUCUAACUCUCUAUCAAGCUACUCUUCCCCUUCUGUUGAAGUCUCCAACUCCAGUUUUCGUAGCCUUGUCGACAGCUGUCACGAGUAUCGGUGCUAUUGGGGAUAUACCAAUUCCAGCUACUGCGUACGGAAUGAGUAAAGUGGCAUUGAUUUAUAUGGUUCGAAAGAUCCAUUUCGAGAAUGAAAAGCUUACAGCCUUUGUUUUGACUCCAGGGUGGGUGCAAACGGAAAUGGGAAACACACGAGCGGCAGCCAUGGGGUUGGAGAGUGCGCCGGUAAAAAUGGAGGACAGUAUUAAAGGAAUGCUGGAGAAGAUUGAUAAUGCAACAAGGGAAGAAACAUCGGGAACUCUGCAAUCGUUCGAUGAAAAAAAACACCCUUGGUAG